AUGCUAAAGAAGGAUGACAAAAUUGCCAGGAGAGAGGCAUCAACAGGAACACUGCUGGCAAACAUUAAGGGCCACGCUCUCCCCGGGAGUUUCUUCUUGAUCAUUGGAGUGUGGUGGUCAAUGAAGUUCCCACUGAAGCACUUUCACCAAAAGGGCAAGAACAGGCUGAGCCAGCAGCCACAGCGGGUUGCAAUCAUUGAAGCUGCAGUCAGGAUUUUCUGUUGUGUCACUGGGUUCCUGGCAGAGCAGCUUGUUAGGGAUGGGCCCUUCUUCCAUCUCUACCAAGAUGACCACUGGGUGAAGAUGAUGAAUUGGCAGCACUACUUCGGAAUCUCAGGAAUCAUUGACAUGCUCACCUACCUUUUCACCCACAUCGUGCCCUUGGGGGUGGACAGACUGGUGAUGUGUAUGUCAAUACUCAAUGAAGGCUUUCUCUUCUCCUACCACGUUCACAAUCGACCCCUGCUGGACCAGCACAUCUACUCACUCCUGGAGUUUAUUGCAUUUGGAGGAAGUAUCACUACCUUCCUUGAAGUGCUUUGUUGAGACAAUAUUGUGCUGGAACUUUUUUUAAUUGCUAUGAGGAUCAAAGGAACUGUGAAACUGCUGCAUAACCCACAAGCUUCACUAGCCCUUCUCUGCUUCUCCACAACUUACAAACCAUCUAGAGUCAACCCUGCUUCCAGCUAA